CGCGGUGCCUCUGAUGGUCCGCGGUACCCGCUCCUGGGCGGGUGGCUGCGGGAUCUUAUAGAAGAGGGCGUCCACCCGCACCCAGGCCCACAUUGGCACGUGCUGAGGUCCCUCGUCCAUGGCGGUUUCCAGCACACGGUGCAGGCUGCCGUCCGCGCCGCCGACGCUGAGUUCGCCGCGGGCGCCGCCGCCGCAGCGGUUGCAGGAGGCGGUGGAGGGGGACCGCAGAUUCCCGGUUUCGUGACGCCACCGUCCGGCGGAGAAGAGCAUUGGCCGUGGCAGGGCCGCUUGGAGGUCGCGCUGGUGACGCCUCCGCUGCGCAGGCCGGAGCUGCAGGAACUCCGCUGCAGCAUCGAGGAGCAAGUCCGGCACCUCGAGCAGCGCUGGCGGAGCAGCGGCACGGAGGAGGAGGAGAGAGGGGAUCAGGAGUAGGAGCAGGCGGCAGCCCAUCGGCCACGCGGCCGGGACAAGAGUCGGCGGCAGCCGCCGACUCUGGCGACCGCCAGGAGGCAGCUGGAGGCCAUGCAGGUGCAGAGGUUUCGGAAGCCACGUUGCCGUCGGGCCCGCUGGGCGGGCUGCCGGCGAGGGCGCCGAGCAGAUUUGCUUUGGAGGCUUUGGAGGCCACGCGGCUAUGGGGCAGUCUGGGUGCCGAGCGUCGCGAGGGCCUGCUGUCCUCUGGCGGUCCCGGCGCGGGCGCCCUCUGGCUCCAGAUGCCCGCGCAGCCAGCGGACUACUUCCCCACGGCGCACUUCCGGGCUGCUGUCCGCGCCUCCCGGGGCGACGUGCCGGAUCGAGCGCAGAGGCGGUGACUGCGAGGACGUCUGUGGCAGGCAGCUGGAUCGGACCCUCCGGCACCCGCAGCUUUGCAAACAGGGCCCGGCCAGGAUGAGACCGCAUCGCGCCCUGGCGGCGACUUUGGCCCGCCUGCUGCGGGAGUGCCGCGCCGAGGUUGACAUCGAGCGCACCGUCGCCGAGCUCGAGCGAGUCACUCCGGCCGGCAGGGUUGAGGAGGCGAUCUUGGAUUCGGUGGUCAGUUUACCAGGCUCGGUGCAACCGCUUUACGUCGACGUCACCAUCAGGUGCCCGCGCGCUGCGAGGUACCUGCGCGCGGCGACCGUGGCGGGCGACGCGGCUGACGAGGCAGCCAGAGGCAAGCGCCAGCGGUACGGCAGUGCGGUCCUCCCUGUUGCCGUCGAGUCCUACGGGCGGCUAGGCGCUGAAGCUGUCCGCUCUCUGGAGCAUCUGGCCACUUAUGCUGGGGCAUGCAUCGCUGACGAUUGUGCGGCCCCCAGGCUGGUCCCGCGGUGGCGCGCCGCGCUGGAGCGGAUCACGCAGUAGGCCGCCACCGAAAUCGACCUCCUGGCCUUCGGCUGCGCGCCGACCGCCGCUCAGGCCCGGGUCACCUGGGGCCGCGUUUUGGGCGUGGCGGCGCAGUCGUAGCAGCCGCCAUUGUAUUUUAUGUUCAUGUGUUCGGCCGGAGUUCGCUUCCAGGUGGUGUCAGCAGGAGC